AUGCCGCCUGUCCCUCCCGGAGCCGCAUGCCUCGUGAUACUAUCGCAUCGCAAUGACCGCCUCGACAGCGAGGACUUGCGAGCGUCUGCCGCGCUAGUAGGAACAAGGCGUCCAAAGCGAGCAGCCACACCUGGCGCAGGCAGAAAGACCCGCCUGGGGGAUGAGGCGCAGAGACCGACGUGUUUCCUUUCAUCAGGAUAUGGGUUCGCGAACUCAAUAAGAUUAAUGAAAGCACUGAAAGACAAGAGAACUCUUCCCCACGAAGUAAGAAACACUUGU